UUUAUAUUGACAGUUGAUGAUAACGUUAAUCAAUCAAUCAAUCAAUCAAUCAUGUUAUUAUUGGUGAACAUUUAUGAAUCAUCAUCAAUAGAUUCAUGUCAUAGUUGAUCAUAUAAUAUUUCCUAUUUGAAUUUAUCGAAUAAAUGUAGAAACAAACGUAUAAACAAAUUGUGUUCGUUGUUGCUAUACAAAACAAGGAAUCGACAAAAAAAACAAAUAUAGACAUAACUAAUUUAUAUUCAAUUGUCGUCUACAAUUAUUGCAUACAAAAGCAUUAAUAAAAUUCUUCAUCAUCAUCAUCAUCAUCACUCAAUCGACGAUUUCAAACAUCAUCUUCCUCAAUUGUGAUCAUCAUAUGAGUACAUUCAACUAACCAACCAACCAAUGUAGUGGCCGGAAAGCCAAUUGACGAAGAAAAAUAAUGAAAAAUGUCUAUAUGACUAUCAAAUGAUUGUAUUCAAAACUAAAAAUAUUAUUUUUGUGGCGUACAUUGUUUUAGAUAUAUAUUUACAAUAGAAUAAAUACCAAUCGGAAUCAAAAAUUUUAUUUGAUUUUCAAAAUAAUUAGCAGACAAAAGUUAUAAUCAAAAAAUUUUUUUUAAUGUCACUGGAAAAGUUAAGCGAACAACAAUUAACCAGACAGCCUGAAGAAGUUUUCGACAUUCUUUGUAAAUUAGGCGAAGGUUCCUAUGGAUCCGUAUACAAAGCAUUACAUAAAGAAUCUGGUCAGAUACUUGCCAUCAAGCAAGUACCAGUCGAAAGUGAUUUGGGUGAAAUAAUCAAAGAGAUCUCUAUUAUGCAACAAUGCGAAAGUCUUUAUGUGGUUCGAUAUUUUGGAAGCUAUUUCAAAGGUUCAGAUUUAUGGAUCGUUAUGGAAUAUUGUGGUGGUGGUUCUGUCAGUGAUAUAAUGCGUUUCAGGAAAAAAACCUUGACCGAAGCUGAAAUAUCGAUCAUAUUACAGGAUACGUUGAUGGGUUUGGAAUAUUUGCAUACACAUAGAAAAAUUCAUCGCGAUAUUAAAGCAGGGAAUAUUUUGCUUAACAAUGAAGGACAUGCCAAACUUGCCGAUUUUGGUGUUGCUGGGCAACUUACCGAUACAAUGGCAAAGCGUAAUACUGUAAUUGGCACGCCAUUUUGGAUGGCACCAGAAGUUAUUCAAGAAAUCGGUUAUGAUUGUUUGGCCGAUAUUUGGAGUCUGGGAAUAACGGCGUUAGAAAUGGCCGAAGGUAAACCACCUUACGGUGAUAUACAUCCGAUGCGGGCCAUUUUCAUGAUACCAACCAAACCUCCUCCUUCGUUUCGUGAUCCUGAUCGAUGGUCGUCCGAAUUCAUUGAUUUUGUGCAGAAAUGUUUAGUUAAAAAUCCUGAAAAACGUGCAACAGCAAACGAGCUUCUUCAACAUGAAUUCAUUAAACGAGCACUGUCCGUCUCAAUAAUCCAGAAGAUAAUUCAGGAAGCCAAAGAGAUUCAACAGAAUCAACAACAGCAACAACAACAAAAUACUUCGUCCACAUUUGGUGAUAAUCUUAACGCCACAAUGGUCUCUGCCAAAGAUGUUACGCUGCGAUCAAAUUCAAAUUAUCAAAACAAUGAUGGUAAUCGUACAGCUGAUUCACAAAUGAAUCGAACGGCUGGAACAAAUUUUACCACAUCUGAUGUUGAAUCCGAUCUCGGAACAUUAAUUAUCAACGAUGAAACAGAUGACGAAGAUUCGGAUAAAACACUAAAACCUGCAUUUUUACAACAUUUCGAGCUUAAAGAUAAGCAAAAGAAUUAUAAAUCCGAUGCGAUGCCAACAAUGGAUGAUACGUUGUUAGAGCAUCCUGCCAAAAAUGGUUGGAAUGGAAAUUCUGAUGAAUCCAAUAAUAAUAGCAAUAAUUCCUCGGUAUUAAGUUCCAUUAAUAAUAAUCCAUUAUCCAAAACGAUAUUGUUGGGUGGUGAUUUCGAAUUUUUGCGUCUACUCAGCUUGGACGAAUUAAAAGCUCGAAUGGCCAAUCUUGAUCUGGAAAUGGAGGCAGAAAUCGAAGAACUACGUCGCCGUUAUGCUGCAAAACGGCAACCAAUCUUGGAUACAAUGGAUCAAAAAAAGAAACGACAGCAGAAUUUUUAGCAUUAUUAAUUGUAAUCAAUUUUUGUAUACUAUCUAAAUCAGUGAAGCCUUCCAAUUAUUUAUGUAUCACAGUAAAGUGAAAUUUUAUUAUA